GGGCCGCCGCCGCCGCGCCUGGCCGCGCUCAAGGACGAGCCGCAGACGGUGCCCGACGUGCCGAGCUUCGGCGAGAGCCCGCCGCUGUCGCCCAUCGACAUGGACACGCAGGAGCGCAUCAAGGCGGAGCGCAAGCGCCUGCGAAACCGCAUCGCCGCGUCCAAGUGCCGCAAGCGCAAGCUGGAGCGCAUCUCGCGGCUGGAGGAGAAGGUGAAGACGCUCAAGAGCCAGAACACCGAGCUGGCCUCCACCGCCAGCCUGCUGCGCGAGCAGGUGGCGCAGCUCAAGCAGAAAGUGCUCAGCCACGUCAACAGCGGCUGCCAGCUGCUGCCCCAGCACCAGGUGCCCGCGUACUGAGCGCCCGCCCCCGGGCGGGGCG